CAGAAAAGUACUAAAAUAAAAGACGGCUGGUGAAAAUAAAAUAAUGGAUGCAACUGCAGCAAUCACCGGCAAUGUGGACAAGACCCAGAUACCGCCGCUGAACCAGAAACGCAUCCUGGCCUUCGUUAACCAUUUCCUCGUCAGCACCUGCACCUUUCUAAAUGAAUUUGCCCUGGGCUGUGAGACGAAGUUCGUGGAGAUGGAACGGCAGCUGCAGAAGACGGAGGCCGCCCUCAUCAUCCUGGAGGCCAAGCUGGCGUCUAUACCCACCGAGCACCAUGUAGCGACUGAGGCUACCGAAGCGCCAGCGAUAUCAAACCAGCAACGCAACGAAGAAGCAUCCAUGGUGGACACCACGGAACCACCGACCACCGAGAAUCCUACGGAGCCGGAACUCCCGCCUGAAUCGGUUGGUGUGCGCGCCUGUGAAGAUCAACGUUACAGAAAGUUCUUCAAAAUGGUGCAAGUGGGUGUGCCCGCACCGGCGGUUAAGCAGAAAAUGCAAUCCGAAGGUCUGGAGCCGCGUAUUUUAGACACACCCGAUCUGAUCCUGGCGGAUGGCCAGCGAGAGUGAGCUGCCUGGCGCAGAGCGUGAUCUGAUCUUGUGAUAUAGCACAUGUUGCUACACCUUGCAAUUAAACAUUUUUUAAAGCUU